AUGGUUGCUGACACGAGCACCAGGAUUAACUUAUUUGUUGUUGGGUUAUCUCGUCAGUCAAGCAAGGAAGGAAAGUUACCAAUAUUGAUAAGGGAUAUGGACAUAGCAAGGCUGAUGAUCCAUACGCAACAAGUUGAGGAGGAUAAACAGAAGGAUAGAGAAGGGUUUAAGAAUAAGAGGGCUAAGACAUUAGACAACGAGUUUUGGCACCAAAAGAGUAGGAUGAAUCAGUCUUCCUUCCAACAUAAACAUAAGAGACCUGCCCCACCAUCUUCAAGUACUCCGGCACCUAUAAACAAAGUGAGGCAGAUAGGUCAUUUUCUAAGGAAGUGUCCUGAGAACAGGAAUGGUAGUGGAAAUCAGGGCAAUAGAGCCCAAUCUUCAUCAGUUGCUCCACCAGAUGGACUGCAUCAAGAGGAGCUACGUCUGAUACUUGCGGAGGAGCAAACCACCUCUAUGCGAUAA